GGGCAACCACUGGUCGUCGCCGGCCGACCUCAAACAACACCAACCCACAUCACGCCCUUAUCUAGGACCCCACGAUGACGAGCAAGGACUCCUCGCUCUACGGCGUCCGGCCAAAGGGCAGGGCCACUGCAAAAGAAAUAUCCUCGUCGAGCUCCCUCGCCUUUACGUCACAGCUCUCCACGCUGAUCGCCACCUCAAAUACCUCAACCAAGCCAGGCGCUGGCCGUCCACGACCCAAGAAAGCCGACAUCUUUUCAACACACAACAAGGGCGUGAACAAGCGCGCGCUGAAGGACCUCGACGAUGCCGACUUCGAACAGAAACAUAGCACUUCCAGCGCCCCACUUGAUGACUCAACAUGGCACCGCUCGAAGAGGAAGAUGGAAGAGAAAGCCCGAAUCUACGCGGCCUUGAAGCGCGGGGAUAUCGAGGACCUAGAAGACAACCAUCUCGUGGACUUCGACACGAAGAUUGUAGAGGCAGGGGAGAGGGGCGAGGUGGACAAGGACACAUCCUCUGACGAUGGGGCCGACAGCGAAGACGAGGAACUCGUAGAAUACACCGACGAGUUCGGCCGCACACGACGUGGUACGCGGACUCAGAUGAUAAUCAAUGAGAGACGCAAGCAGAUGUUGGAGGCGGACACGCCGGACAGGUUUACAGCGAGGCCGAUGGCACCAGCGAACAUCAUAUACGGGGAUACGAUUCAAACUGCGGCAUUCAAUCCGGAUGAGACGAUUGCGCAGCAGAUGGCUUCACUGGCAGCGAAGAGGGAUAAAGAGUUGACGCCGCCGCCAGCGGAGCACUUUGACAGCCGGAAGGAGAUUAGGACGAAGGGUGUGGGUUUCUUCCAAUUUUCAGCGGAUGAGGCGACGAGGAAGAAGGAGAUGGCUGCUCUGGAAAAGGAACGGGAGGACACGGAACGAAGUCGAAGGGAGAGGGAGAAGAGGAAGGAAGAGCGGAAGAAACAGGUCGAGGAGAGGAAGAAGAUCAUCCAGGAUAAGCGUGGGAAGGCUCAGGCGAACAGGUUCCUUGCGGAUCUCUCUGAAGAGCUGUUCAAGGGAGAGUAGGGGAUCGGCUUUCAGAUGGCAUAAGGCGUUGCAAAAACUACCAAGAUACCCAAUCAACAUGAUUUCUCUUUUCUAGCGAUGGUCCAUAUGGACGCAUAAUAUCCAAUAAUAUCACUGGACACUCUUAGUCGCUUUCUUGUCUUUCUCGAGCGCUGGCAUAGCGUAUCUCUUCACUAUCCUCUCUCUCCUCCAGCUAGGUCUGUCCUCCAGCUAGCCAUCUUGCGCUUCGUGCAACUACUUUCGAAGCAGGAAGUCCUCGAAUGAGAGAUUGACGACCAAGACUCGUCGAGGUGCUCAUCACAUCUGCAAACUCCACAAUGUGUGGGUAAUACGAGACAAGGGGU